ACACACACACACUUCAAGUUCAGACGCCCGGCCGACUUUGACACACAACAGAAGAAAACAGAUCAUCCUUCUUCUUCAAAAAAAAAAAAGAAAAAAAAAAAAAAAACUGAACUCAAAAACAUGGAAACCAUCCAACAUAGUACAAUAAAAGUAAACGGAAUAAACAUGCACGUAGCCCAGAUCCCAAACCCUGGCCCACCAAUCCUUUUCUUACACGGCUUCCCAGAACUUUGGUACACAUGGCGUCACCAGAUGCUAUAUCUAUCAUCAUUAGGAUACCGUACAAUCGCCCCUGACCUCAGAGGAUAUGGUGACUCUGACUCCCCUGUUUCCGCAACCCAAUACACUGUUUUUCAUAUUGUUGGUGAUUUGGUUGGGUUACUUGAAAGUUUGAAGAUAGAUAAAGUGUUUCUUGUGGCCCAUGAUUGGGGUGCUGCUAUUGCUUGGUGGUUUUGUAUGUUGCGGCCCGAAUUGGUUCGGGCCUUGGUGAAUAUGAGUGUUGUGUUUAGUCCUAGGAAUCCUGUUAGGAAACCGAUUGAAUCGAUGCGGGCUAUGUUUGGAAAUGAUUAUUAUAUGUGCAGGUUUCAGCAACCUGGAGAAGUGGAAGAAGAAUUUGCUCGUGUAGAUACUGCACAGAUCAUCAAAAAGUUUCUCACAUCACGUAAUCCAGGCCUGCUUUGUGUGCCUAAAGAAGUUGGAUUUGGGGGUAAACCCAAUGCUAAGAUCACACUUCCUUCUUGGUUAACUGAAGAUGAUGUGAAUUAUUUUGCCACGAAGUUUGAACGUACAGGAUUCACUGGUGGCUUGAACUACUAUCGGGCUAUGGAUUUAAACUGGGAGUUGACAGCCCCAUGGACCGGCGUGCAAAUAAAAGUGCCCGUUAAGUUUAUUGUCGGGGACCUGGACCUAACCUAUAACACUCCCGGCGUAAAGGACUUCAUUCACAAAGGGGGUUUCAAUAAACAUGUCCCUUUCUUGCAAGAAGUUGUCAUAAUGGAGGGUGUUGCUCAUUUUAUUAACCAGGAAAAGCCCCAAGAAGUUAGUGAGCACAUUUAUGAUUUCAUCAAGAAGUUUUGAAUUACUCUCUUGGCACGAUCUUUACCAGUCUAGUCUAAAGGUAUCUGUUGAAAUUGAUUCUCGACGUUCCAUGUAACUUAACAAAAAAGAUAUCUGUUGAAAUGUUGGUGGUUAUUGCAAAUGUUACAUAAUCUCCUGUUUAGACUGUUUUGUGAA